UCUCUCUCUCUCAAAUGGGUUGUCCAUGCUGUCUGUCUCUCUCUCUCUCUAAAAUUAGUAGUCUCCUUGCUAUAAGGUUCACCUCUCUUCGCUUUUUCUUCACAGGUCCACUGAAAUCAAUCGAUAAUCCCCCGUUCGCCGUGAAAAACCCUAAAUCUUCGACCUCAAACUCCCCAUUUUACCCUGCGUUUUUCUCUAGGAAUGCGGCCUUUCGUAUGCAUCAAACCCUAGAAAAAGCGAGCGAGCGAGCGAGCGAGCGAGCAAUGCAGGUCUGAGUUCUCUGCAACUCUUUUAAGUAACAAGGAAAACGGUGGAGGAAACCCUAAGUUUGUGCCUUUCUCUCAAUCCAACCAUAGAAGAAGAGAGAUCCUAUCUUUUGAGUCCCUGUCUGUGCAGUUCUCUCCAAAGAAUCAAGGAGCAUUGCAGAUCUUAGUGCCUAACUCUGCGAAUCGAUUGAAGAAGUGGAAGAAACUGUGGAUUCAAAGCCUGACGCCUGAUACCGAGAAUUUGGCCUCAAUUGCGAGAUUGAAAGGCUUCCUCGACCUUCAUAUUAACAGAGAUUUGCGGUUCUAGACUUUAAGGCCUCCUGCUAGUACUGCUGACUUUGGAUUAGGGCUGGGGUAGUGUUUGCUAUGUCAAGCUCUGUUGAUCACGCAAUUUCAACCAUGACGGGAACCAAACCGUGUGAUCUUGAGUCUAAACCUUCAGUUGAUUUGAACGUGAGCAAAAAAGAGAUGACAGCCUGUGCUUGUGAGCCUACGUCUUUGAAUUCUUGUGGAGAGGACUUACAAUCUUGUUUCUCGGCGCCCAAACCAUUGAGCAAUGGACAUUUGAAGAAACCUGUGGUCAAUGGACAUACAGAUGAACCUUUGAUCAAUGGACAUUCGGAGUUGAAACCCUGUGACCCAGAGUCGAACCCUUUGGUUGAUGAGUCCUCAGGAAAAACAGAACCAAAAUCUUGUAAUGGAAAUACGGAUUCAUUGCUAAAAGAGCCCAAAUCUUCUGAUUCAUCACUAGGGGUUUUGGCUCCUUCCAGUUUAGUGAAAAAGAUGAAGAAUUUAGGGCUUGAGAAGCUAAAGAUCUUUGUUGGAUAUGACCCAAAAGAAGAUCUGGCUUUCGAGGUUUGCCGCUACUCUAUUUUGAAGCGGGCAACCAUUCCAGUUGAAGUCAUUCCCAUUAAGCAAUCAGAUCUCAGAGCCAAGGGCCUCUACUGGCGCGAAAGGGGCCCAACUGAGAGCACUGAAUUCUCAUUCAGUAGGUUCUUGACGCCUUACCUUGCUGGUUAUAAUGGCUGGGCUCUCUUUGUUGACUGCGAUUUCCUUUAUACGACAGAUAUUAAGGAAUUGACCUCCUUAAUUGAUGAUAAGUAUGCCAUUAUGUGUGUUAAGCAUGAAUACAUCCCAAAAGAGAGCACCAAAAUGGAUGGGGUUGUUCAAACUGUGUAUCCAAGGAAGAAUUGGUCAUCAAUGGUGUUGUAUAAUUGUAGUCACCCAAAGAACAAGGCUCUUACACCUGAGCUUGUGAAUACACAGACUGGUGCUUUUCUUCAUAGGUUUAUGUGGCUUGAGGACCAUGAAAUUGGUUCGAUUCCAUUUGUUUGGAACUUUCUUGUGGGUCAUAAUAAAGUGGUUGAUGGUGAUCUGGAGUCCUACCCUAAAUCUCUCCAUUACACAAGUGGGGGGCCGUGGUUCGAUGCUUGGAAGGACUGUGAUUUUGCAGACUUGUGGAUUAAGGAAAUGGAGGAGUAUAAGAGGUGUGGAGGUGGUUUUGAGUGCAUUGGAGAUGGUUUAGAGUGCAAUGGUCUUGCUGUCUGAGGAGGAGGAAACCAUUAUAUGGGUAUAUUUUCCUGUUCUAUGAAGAUAAAACAGUGGGACUUAGAUCUUGAUCAUAUGUUUGUUUUAUUUGGUACUCAAUGCCUUUGGAAGUUCUCUGGUUAAUGGAGAGGAUUAGGAUUAUAUGUUGACAUUUGUUUGUUGGGUUUAUCAGCCAUUUGAUAUGGGUAUUCUUUCUGUCGAACCACGAUGUUAGAUAUUAGUGAUAGGGCUGUUUUUCCAUCUUGCCUGUUUCAUUUUAUUCUUUGGAACUCGUGGUAAUUCUUUAUAUGUUCUUGGGGGAUGUAUUCUAUUGGUUUUACUUUGUACUAAUUGCUAAUACCCGGAUAUUAUUAAGGAUCAAUGCAUUUCUCUAUCAUUCUCUCU